CUAUUGUUAAAUAGUGACAUUUGCUGGAUAAAGCUUAGUUGACGGCGUUGGAGAUACAGUUUACAAACAUUCACAUCAUACUGGAUGGCAUACUGACCCUUUUUAUAACAUCUGACGUGUAGGCGAUCUUUUAUUUACAAGGUGAAGCAAUCGGCGAGAAAUAAAGAAUGACGUAAACAAGAACAAACGGUAAUCUUCAUGCUAGAAUAUAUCUGUGGACAGCUGUUUCUCCUGACGACUGUCAUCUGAUCAAUCUCAUCAUACGUAUAUAACAAAGACAGCACGUAGUAUUAUCAUCAUUAUGGAGCACAUUUUGUUUCAUUGUUCUUGGGACAUUUCUAUUGCCGACAAUGCUGCCGUACGAGGUCCGCGACGCCUGUGUGCAGACGACUUUAGAGGAAGCAAACAUGACUGGAAUAUUGGACCUACCAUACGAGACAAUGGUCGCCAUAUUCAAACAUCUCGAGCCGGUUGAUGACAUCUUAACGAGACUAGCGCUUGUCUGUCUAAAAUGGCACGAUCUGCUUUAUUGCAGCGGAACUUUGUGGAAAACUAUCAACAUUGACACGACUUACUAUAAGAGCUUGCACUUCCGGUUGGUCGUAGGCAUAUUUCAUUUCUAUGGACACCACGUGCAGAAGCUCGUUUGGCGAGAGAACACGACAGUUUAUGAAUCGAUCUUUUCGUGUCUUCCACGACUUAAAAACUUGAAGGUGUUGAGAAUCCCUGUUUUGUGGACGAACCGAGUUAUUGACGACAUGUGCUUACUUACGGGACUGGAAAAUAUUCAAAUCAACGGUGGUUUUACACUUACGGACGGACACCUGUUUGAAAUCGCGAAGUGUUUGACUAACUUGAAAACAGUUACGCUGAACGCUUGCUGGAGGAUUACGAUUAAUGGAGUCAUUGCCAUUGUGCCAAACCUACAGUUCUUGGAGAAUGUACAUUUGAAAGUCAAUUCCAACCUGCCAUUGACAGACGGAAGAAGCGAGACUGCCAUCCGCAACGGUCUACAUAUCAUGAAAGGCCUUGUGUUCGAGCCCAUAUGUAAUCUCGUUAGCGUUCUGUGCCUGCAUUUCGUUUCCAUGGAAACAGAAGAGUUAUUGGAUGUCGUAAAGAACUUGAAGAAUUUGUUCAAACUCAGUAUAAGUAACUGUGAGCAUUUUCAUGGAAUAAGGCUGGAGUCUGACAGUCUUCAGAAACUAUGCGUGUUCAACAUAUGGAGUACAACAUUCAUCAGCGUGCACUCUCCGAGGUUACGACAAGUGACAAUGGACGCUGGCAUGGAGUCAAUAGAACGCGUGGAAAUCUUCGCCGAAAACUUGCGACGUGCAAUUCUAAAUGGGUCCAAUUCGCUACGAACCUUACAGAUAAAAAGUGAUAAAUUAAUCUUUCUUGAACUUUGUCACUCUGAGCUCAUUGACAAAGGAUGUUUUAGAGAUGUUCUACGAUCAAACAUUAAAAUAAGUCGCUUACGUCUGGGAUGCAUAUCUCAAGAUAGCCUAACUCUUGACGAAAACCUGAUUCCAUGCUUACAAGAACUGUGCUUGUUGAGUGAUUUUUCUUGUGAAGCAUUGCAUAUACGCAGUCCAGCUAUAAGGUUACUUCACACAAAGGUCGAACAUGACAUUAUCACUUUACACCACCUCUACAUAAAAGCAAACCACUUGUGUAAGGUCGCUUUGGUAGGACUUCCAGCGCUGAAAACAGUGACCGUACAGUGUGUUAGUGUUGACUGUAUUGAACUGAAUUUGUGCAGCGACGAUCAGUUGCACAUCGAGUCGUUUGUAGUGCACGCCCUGAACGCAAUUGGAUUUCUACGCCUCUUUGACUGCAGAGUAAAAAUGCUAGUCGUCAGUGCGCAGCUCGCACAAACAAUCGUGCUGUACCGGUGUCAGAUGACUGACUACGUCCUGCAAAUGGCCCUUGGUGGCUGUUCUAACAUCUCGCAUCUUAACCUCGAGAAAUGCACCGAGAUUUGUGACGUAAAUAUUUCAAUGCGACCGUUGCAGUACUUAAACAUGUACGAGUGUACCAGUUUGCAUCGCCUCAGCCUCGACUGUCCUCAGCUGAUUGCCGUGAAUCUUGGUCAGUGCUCGAAUGUGAAGAUGUACUUACGGGGCGUUGAACAGCGCCUGAGUGGCGUGGCGGUUCCCUUCCGCCUGGUUGAGCCUGCCAAACCUAUCCGAUGGAGCCAUAACUUUCCACCUCAAGAAUAUCGGUGCUAACAAUGGCAAAUAGUUUUCAUACAGCGACAUUCCUGGUAACGUUUUGAUUUAUUGUGGUACUAGUAUGUAAUUAUUUGUAUUAAAUUGAGGUUUGUUUUGGAAUCAGAUACAUGAAAUCAGUUAUCAAAAUGGUCAUUUUAAAGGAGGAAAAUAUUACUGAUUAUGUU